AUGGCGUGCGCCAGAAAUCUAGCAUCCCAAGGUCAAAAGAUUAAAUUUUUAGGCGCCGACGAGGAGCUUCUGGGCGGCGGAGGCGCUGGAUCCGCGUGCGUCGACGCCGCCGACGAAGCGACAUGGAUCCGGGCGGGAUGCUGCUGGAGGACUUCGGCAGCGGGUGGACCUGACGCGCGCAUCCGCGAGGUGCUGGCCAACUACCAGGAGGGCACCACCGCGCUGCGCGAGCUCAUCCAAAACGCCGACGAUGCCGGGGCCUCGCGGGUCCGCGUCUGCCUCGACCUCCGCGCCCACGGCGCCUACUCGCUGCUCGCCCCGGCGCUCGCGCAGUGGCAGGGUCCCGCCCUGCUCGCGCACAACGACGCCGCCUUCACCGACGACGACUUUGCCAGCAUCUCCCGCAUCGGCGGCAGCAAGAAGACGGGACGCUUCGCCGACAGCAGAGGAGUAUCGGGAGAGGAGAUGAACCUGGGGCGAGCAAAAUUGAGUUCAGCACCAGCGCCGAGUACUCCAGCGGCAGUAGUGCCUGAGCACCCAGCUCGCCUACACCUCGGCACGGGCGAGGAAGAGCUCAGCACCAGCUCACCUCCACCUGGGCGGGGGCGAGGAAGAGCCCAACACCAUCUGGGGAGGAAGAUCCUGGGCGAGGGGAUCCUGGACGUGGGAGAGGAGGAGAUCCUGGGCGUGGGAGAGGAGGAGGACAUGCUGGUGCAGGGGGCGAAGGUGGGGGGCGGAGGUGGUGGAGGAUUCAAAAUUAGAGAGCAACGGGGAGCUUGA